UAGCACAGCGACACCGCUCACCAGCAUAGACCACGGGCUGCAAAGACGAGCUUGCAUCCAACGAAACGAUGGGAAGAUUGGUGCGGCUUUCAGUACUUGUGGUGCUAACGUCGUUACACACCUCUGUCUACACAGAAGAGCUAGCAAUGCAAUGUCCCGCUACAGGAUCGUGCGAAGAAGCCCCAACAACGCAGGACGUGCUCGAGCCUCCAACCAUCGACAUCUCUCCGCUAGUCAACCCAAACCAGCACUCCGCCGGGGAAUGGGAUGUAGCAGCAGAGGCUGUGGCGAGGGCGUGCGAACAAUGGGGUUUCUUUCAGGUUUUGAACCAUGGCAUUCCGCAGGCGUUGUUGGAUGACGUCGUCUCGAAGGGGAGGGAGCUGUUUUCGUUGCCCAAGACAGAAAAGGCCAAGUUCAAGCGCACAGAGACCAACGCCCGCGGUUGGUACGACGACGAGUUAACGAAGCAGACCAGAGACUGGAAAGAAGGGUUCGAUGUCGGACAUGUCCCCGAGCCAGACAAACCGCCAGAGCACCCGUCGAACGUCGUGGCCGAGGGGUAUAACCAGUGGCCGGGUGAGAGCGUGCCGUCGUUCAAGGAGACCAUCGACGAGUUCUACUCAAGCGCCGCGCUAGUCGCUCAGCGCCUGCUCGAAGGCAUAGCGUCGCACCUCGGCCUCCCCCGGGCACACUUCGCGCCCUCUUUUGAGCCGCACACGUCCUACCUGCGGCUGAACUACUACCCCCAAUGCCCGGAGCCUUCGACCCUCUCCGUCAACCGGCACACCGACGCGGGCGCCCUGACGGUGUUGCUGCAGGAGAACGGCACAACCGCGCUGCAGGUGAACCAUCAAGGCACGGAACGAUGGGUUUCCAUCCCUCCGGUGGACGGCGCGAUGACCAUCAACGUGGGGGACAUGCUUCAGGUGUGGACGAAUGACCUUUUCGUCGCACCAGAGCAUCGGGUGCUCAGCCAGAAGGACCGCGACCGGUUCUCGGCACCGUUCUUUUACAACCCGGCGUAUCACGCCGACAUCGCCCCGUUGCCGAUAGAAGGAGAACGGAAGGCCGAUGACCAAGCGACGGCGGCGGGCGGCCUGGCGGGGCAGGGGAAGGGGCGCUACCGGCCCGUCAACUGGGGCGAAUUCCGGCUGCGGCGAUUCGCGGGAGACUACGCCAACCAGGGCGAGGAGGUCCAGAUUUCCCACUACCGGCUCGACGCGUAGCAGUGGCAUCUAUUGACGCCGGAAUCAAACCACGAGAAUCCCCAGCGCGGAUUACUUGUCUAGUCUAAAUCUGAUGCUUUUAUUUCGGCUUCUAUUUGCCCGCCUGUGAGGCGGGGACUACAGGUCGGUGAUCUGUGUAUGAAUUGGCGCCGUGUCUACCCAUGUGCAUUGGAUCUUUGUGUGUGCGUAGUAGGUCGUUGCUUGCUUUUUUUGUGGACCCUGCUAUCAGUACUGUAGGUAGGUAAUAGGUGCCUCAAAGAUCAAAGACCACCGUGGUUUGCUUCUGAGGGCAGGUGCUUGCUUUCGCCCAACGGCGUUUGGCACCGUUCUGGUCGUGUGUUGACUCUUUGACAACUUCGUAUGCGAUCAACGUGUAGGUAGUCGCUGCUGCACCCACGCGUUGUAUAUUAUCAAGCAGGAGAAAAGCUGUAGCGUGGUGAGAUCUGCCGCCUCUCCGCCCUGAGAAAAAGCAGGCGAGAGCGCAGCCUAACUUAUACAUUCUGAAUCUGAGCUCGAUGUAUCUGUGUGUCUAAAACGAGUUCGGGAAUAGUUUCGUGGCGAUGUGAGAGUCGAACGAGCAGAGGUGGUUCACUUUAUGUGAGGUCUUCUGAGGUCUGCAAUUGAUUGUGCUGUGUGGGGGGCAAACAACCAAGCCUGCUCCGUUUGAUCAGGCAAGAUACUCCCUUUUGACGCUCCCUGCAUGAUGUGAUCGCAAUAAUUCACUAAGCCACCAACCAAUGGGGCGGGAAGGGGGCAGGAGACGGACGAG